AUGCGACUUGACCAGCCCCGUGCCAACGCCGGUCUCAAGCGGAGGUUCUCGUUUGAUGACGGCGCGAACGGGCACUACUCGGUCUCGAGCUGGUCUGCAACGGGCCCAGCCGCAGCAGCGGGACGAGCUGUCAAACUCGCUCGCUGGUUGGCAGACACCAAGAAGGACGACGACGACGAGGAGGAGGCGGACAACGGCGGCGAUCCCGCGCUGCUCAAGAACAGGUUAGCCAGCACCAGCGCUGGGAGUGAAUCCAGCCAGCGAGAGAUGCGGACGGAUGCUGCUGGGACGGGGACUGUGGCGGCGACUUCCACAUGCUCGUCAUCCGGCAGUGCAUUGAGCACAGUGCAGGCCAAGCGUCAUCGUCAUCAGAGUGCCAACGGCAAUCGCCAGAAUGACGACGACAACGAUCCUACCGAGGAUGAGGACGCCACCAGCGACGAGGAGACGGAAACGGCCGAGGACGACGAGGACUCUCCGGACGGCGACGAUGCGGAAGAGGACAAUGAGGCCGAACCGAGCUCAAGUACACAGCAGCGCCCGCAGAGAGUGCGACGCAUGCCCGUCACGCUCGAGGGAUCGCUCGUCAUGCUGCAUCCGGUCCAGCGACGCCGGCGUGCCAGUGCUCCCGUUGCGCCGCCAGCGGCUCAGCAAUCGGCCAACAUUCGCAGUCCUGCCGCGGCUCCAAGAGCUCCGGCCGCGCGGUUUGAAAGCCCAGGCGCAGCCUCGCGUAGUCGCACCAACAGGUAUGCCUCAUCAUCACCACAAAAUGCCGAGCGGACUGCGCAUAUCGUCGGACGUCGGCAACCAGUUUACGCAAACCCGCAAGAUGGCGCGAGCCCGCGUCGCUCCUCUCGCGUCGGCUUACCGCCGAAACGAAUAGUUCUGGAUCAUUCCAACGUGAAUGGCGUCUAUCCUGAAGUCGAUCAGGUAAUUGGUCAACCCACACGCCGCAUAUCGGUUGCCGCGAACAGCAAAAGCAAACCAACCCUCGAGAACGGCAACGACGAUUCUGCGGACGAUUCAGAGAACGAAGCCACCUCCAUUCUCGAUGCCGACGAGGAAGACGAAGAAUCCGACGAGGGUAGCCACGUCGAUGAGGACGAAACGGAGGGCGAGGAAGAGGAUGAAGAGGAUGAAGAGGAGGAGGACGAUUCCGCGCCAGAGAUGGACUACGCUGCGCUGCAAGCAUUGAAAGAGCAGUAUUACGUCACCAAAGGCUUGCACUGGGACGUGAGUCGAAGCGUUUCGACGCUCUUUCCUCUCACGGACUGUCAGUGUGUCCGAGGAAACCACCUGCUGGCCUUCGAGCUUGAUUUUCAGUUGCCCAGCGAACUGCAUCGCGUCUUCCGGCCAUCGGAACCCGAGCCUCUCCAGCUCGACCAGUCCGAUACACCCUCUCCCCGGACGAUCUCGAAGCAGAAGAGUUCCGCUGCCAGCUAUGCCUCAUUUACAAGAAUUCGUAAAAAUGCUUAUAUCGACGUCAAGAGACCGAAAUUGAUUGCCGACAAUGAGUGCAACUGCAAAGCCAGCGCCCCAUGCACAGAAAGCUGCCUCAACCGCCUCAUGUUUGUCGAGUGUGUUCGUGGCUCUUGUCGCAUGGAGGAUCGCUGCCAAAACCGCAAUUUCCAGCGGCACAACUGGACCAAGAAUUUGAAAGUAUUCCAGACACCCAACGCCGGUUAUGGAUUGCGUUGCACCGACCCCAUUGCUCCCGGCCAAUUCGUGAUGGAAUACGUGGGCGAGGUCGUCAGCGAUGCCGAGCGUGAGCGACGAAUGUGGGGUCCGUACGCUGGCAAUCCCAACCACUACUUUCUCGAGCUCGAAAAGGGAGUGCUCAUUGACGCGUGCUCAAAAGGUUGCGAUGCGCGCUUCAUCAACCAUAGCUGCGACCCGAACUGCCAUGUGGAAAAAUGGAAUGUCAAUGGCGAGUUUCGUGUCGGAAUAUUCGCUUCGCGAGCCAUCGCGCCCAACGAAGAGUUGUCGUACGACUACCGGUUUGAAACCUUGGGUGAGAUUCAACAGCAAUGCUGGUGCGGCGCUGCCAACUGUCGAAAAGUCAUUGGCAAGGCGACUCCCAGCGAAAAGCGUGCAGCGCGAAAGGCCAAGCCCAGGAUUGCGAUUGACUUUUACAACCCAAGUCGCACCGCUCCUCCGUCCGCGCAAGUCCUUCAGGCUCCGGAGCUGGAGCAACUACAACGGACCAAACUCGUCUUGAUGUAUCCUCUUCGGCGCGUGCUGUCGCAAGAAGAAGCCAGCGGCCAGUCUGCAGCACGCAAGGCGGCCGAAGAACUCUUGCUGCCGGUCAAUCUCUCUUACAACGCGGUGGUGGCUGGUCACGAAAUGCAGCAGCAGCGGGAUUUGCGCUUGGACAACCUUUUGCUCAAACGGUGCCCCAAUAUUGCGGCGGGUGCUUGCGCCUAUCCCUUGCCAACCUCUGCCCUUGCUCGUUUUGUCGUGAGCGGGACAGUCCUCGAUCGUCACCAAGCACAGCUGCUGUGUCGGAUCGCGACGGACUUGACCGCCAUGGAUGGACUCAUCCAGCGACUGCAGACGCUGGCCUCGCCCGAGGACAAUGGCGUGCUGUUCCAAGCUCGUUCAGCGAUGUUGGCCCCGAGCGAGUACUUGGGCCGACCCGCAGUGCAGCGACGGCGACCAUUCCUGACGCUGGGCGGCGCUCUCAAGUGCUGGAAAAAGUUUGUCAUUGACGGUGUGUUUGAAACGUACGACGAGCUGGAGAGCUCCAUCCGCGGCGUCCUGCAGCGCAGUAUCGCCUUUCUCGAACAAGCCCACGAGUCUGGCAUGCACGGCACCAUGGACGCGAGUGGCAGCGAUGACGAAGCGUCCAAGCUCUCUCCGUUUGCCAGUGCCCAACUUGUACGCAGUGCCAGCGACCUGAUUGAGGAAGAGCUUGCUGAAAUUCGCCAAGAGUUUGGCCGCAGUUUUGUCGAGCAGUUUGUGCCCGUCCCAUCGACCGCUCCAUCCAUCGCUUUGCCUCCGGCUCGCAAGCCAGUUAUCAUUACGCCUCCAAAGCCCUCGAUUGCGCUUGCGUCUCCGUACGAAGUGCGCUCGCCUCGCACCCCCUCGGCCGGUUUUGCCGCGAACGGUACGGGUCGCUCCAGCUCGUCUGCUUCGGUGCCCCGACCGGCGCAUCAGGACAUGACACCGCCGCAUAGCCAGGAUACGCGGACGGCCAAGUCCCCGCAACCGUUGGUCACAUCGGGACAAGACAAUCUCGCACAAGAAGAUGAAAGCAGCGGCAGCGAAGUUGAAGACGAGUUGGAUUUGGAGGACUCGGACGCGCAGCAAGUGACCGCAAUGGAUGAUACCCCAGACCUUCAGGUCAACCCGUUCGACGAGGACGUCAACCGCUGCAUCUGCGGGGUCACAUUUGAUGAUGGAAUCAUGCUCGAGUGCGAAAAGUGUCAUUUCUGGCAGCACGAAGAGUGCAUGAAUCCGCUCAAGCCAGAUGGGACACGUCGGCGCAUCCGGCGUGAUGAGGAACACCUGUGCCAUUUGUGCAAUCCUCGAGAGGAACUCACUGCUGAGGUUGCACUGGCCUAUGAUCCAAAGCUUCGCCGAACGUACUUUCGUUCGAUGGAGUGUUCUACCGGCCGUUUGCUGCGAAUGGGCGACGCUGCAUACGUCACUGAGUAUCCCAAACCCACAAAUCGUCCUGAAGGCAAUCGAAACGAUGCGACCCACCAGAAACGCCCUGCAAGCAAGCCAGUGCUGACCAUCUGUCGCAUCACUGAAAUGUUUGUCGAUGCAAAAAUGCGUCGAUUUGCUCGCGGAAUGGCGUAUGUGCGACCCGAGUCCGUUGAUGCAGACUCACCACAAACCGUGCACAAACAAGAGCUGUACUUGACAACCCGCACCCUCUUGUUCCGCAUUGGACGUGUCCGGCAGCGCCGUGUUGUAGUGAUGGAUCCCGUUUCCUACAUGCUAGGACGCUGCAGAAACAUGCUCGGUCGCAAGGGGUUGCUGGCUAUGGAGGAAGACACCUUUGUAUGCGAGUUCUUUGUCGAUUCGCGGAGCACGCGCGACCGGAUUCUCCCACUGGCAUCGUUCGAUUACCCGCUGUCGACCAACCCGCUGCAUUUCCGGGCCUUCCCGGAGCCCGUGCCUCUUGUGAGGGAUACAAAUCCCAGCUCCCUUUUGCUGUUGAUCAGCGCACGCAAGCCGCUCAAGACGGGUGGCCGGCACAUUGACACUGUGUACAAACCAUGCCAAGGAAAGUCGUUAUCCUCGAUUCUCGACCAGCUCAUGAUUGAGACGACUGGGCAGGUUGCGCCUCCACUGGACUUGCACAAGCCCUUCAAGCAUAUGCCUUGA